AUGAACACCUUCUUCUUCUUCUUCUUCUUCUUCUUCCUCCUCCUCUGCCUCCUGGCAGUUCUCUUCGAGGGCUGCCAGGCCCUUCCAAUCGGUGCCGACCAAACGGCACACACAUCGUCCGUGGCCUUCGGGCUUUCUAUUGGCCUAGGCCUCGGCCUAGGUGUCCCUGUGGCGGCGUGGGUCGUUAUAUGCCUGCGUCGCCACAUCCACCACCUCCAAAUCCGGCGCGACAGAAGACAAUGGCGCCAGGAAAUGGCGGUUGCUAUGCGGGCCCAGCUUGCCCAAGAAGAAGCAACCGUGGCUCGCAUACCGCGCUUCGGGGGGCGCCACAAGGAGGUAACCAAGCCUCCAAGCUGUCACGUUAAAGACAGCCGGCCCCUCCCAAGCCCGGUUGCGAGCCUCAAAACGAUCGACGAGUAA